AUGAAGGAACACAAUCUCACAGUAAUGACUGAAUUCAUCUUAAUGGGCAUCACUGACAGUUCUGAGUUGCAGGCCCCAUUAUUUGGGCUGUUCCUUGUCAUAUACAUGACCACAAUGGUUGGCAAUUUGGGAAUCAUUAUUCUUACCACAGUGGACUACCAUCUGCAAACACCUAUGUACUUCUUUCUCAGACACCUGGCUAUUACAGAUCUUGGAUAUUCUACUGCUGUGGGACCCAAAAUGUUGGAAAAUUUUGUUGUAGAUCAAAACACAAUAUCAUUUAAACUUUGUGCCACACAACUAGCUUUCUUUCUUGUAUUCAUUGGUAGUGAGCUAUUUAUUCUAUCAGCAAUGUCCUAUGACCGCUAUGUGGCCAUCUGUAAGCCUCUGCUUUAUACUGUCCUCAUGUCACAAAGGGUAUGUUGGGUUCUUAUGGCAAUGCCCUAUCUCUAUUGCACAUUUGUGUCUCUUCUCAUCACAGUCAAUAUUUUCACUUCAUCCUUCUGUGGCUACAAUGUCAUUAAUCAUUUCUACUGUGACUGCAUCCCCUUGCUGUCUCUACUCUGUUCACAUGCAGAGGAAAUAGCAUUUAUUGUUAUGAUCUUUGCAGCUUUUGAUUUAAUCAUCUCUCUCCUUGUCAUCCUAGUGUCCUACAUGCUUAUCCUCACAGCAGUUCUAAGGAUGAACUCAGCAGAGGGCAGACGCAAGGCUUUCUCCACCUGUGGGUCCCAUCUAACAGUGGUGACAGUGUUCUAUGGUACUUUGAUAUUUAUGUAUGUGAAGCCUCAGUCUAGUAAUUCCACUGACAUUGAUAAGGUGUCUUCAAUCUUUUACACCCUGGUUAUCCCCAUGUUGAAUCCCUUGAUCUAUAGUUUGAGGAAUAAGGAUGUAAUCUCUGCCCUCCAUAGGACUUGGAGAAAUAUUUGCAAUAUCUUUUCUUAG